AUGCAGCGCACACACAGGCUGUGCUCCCGGGCGGCGCCGCCCAUCGUCCGCAUCGCCAACGGCACCUUUUACAGGCACCACCCCAGCAGCGCCGCCGCCCCGGGCCACGCCAACCCCCCGCUCUUCUCGGACCUGACCUUUGAGCUGGCGUCGGAAGCCUCGCCCGCGUCCCCUCCGCAGCACUGGUGCGUCGUCGGCCCCUCCCUCGCCGGCAAGACCACCUUCCUCCAGAUCCUCCGCGGGCAGCACAUCUGCCUGCCGCCCCUGGCCCGGUCCUACCCCUACCUCGCCACCGACGCCGUCCCGCACCGCCUCAGGAGCGCCAGCAGCGCCGUCCAGUACGUCGGCUUCGACGGCGAGCGCUACGGCGGCGCCGGCCUCGGCCCCACCACCUCGGCCUACCUCGCCGCGCGGUACGAGUCCCGCCGCGAGAUCACCGACUUCUCCCUGCGCGACUUCCUGCUCGGCAACACGGAGCUCAACCCGCUGAAGGGGGAGGACGGGUCGGCCGGCGAGGACGGCGUCGACCGCGCCCUGCUGGACCGCGUCGUGCGCGACCUGCGCCUGGCGCCCCUGCUCGACCUGCCCGUGUCCUUCCUGUCCAACGGCCAGGGCCGCAGGGCGCGCAUCGCGAGGGCCCUGCUCACACGGCCCGAGGUCCUGCUCCUCGACGAGCCCUUCAUGGGCCUCGACCCGCCGACCGUGGCCUCGCUGAGCCCGCUGCUGCGGGGCAUGGCGGACCGCGCGAGCCCGCGCCUCGUGCUGAGCGCGAGGCCGCAGGACCCCCUGCCCGAGUGGGUCACGCACCUCGCGUACCUGCGGACGGACUGCCAGGUCGGCGCCAUGGGCCCCCGCGAGACGGUCAUGGAGGGCCUGAGGGGCUACGUGCGCGGCGUCAAGGCCGGCGGCAUCCGCGAGGACGAGACGAUGCCCGUCCACGCGCUGGGCGAGAUGGGCCGGGUGCUCACGCGGGCCGGCGUCGAGGGCGAGGGGUUCGCCGAGGCGGAGCACAUCGCCGUGCCGGGGACGACAUCCCCACCACCGACGACACAAUCGCCACCGCCACCGUCAGAGCCCCGCGCCGCCACGCCGCCCGCGGGCGAGCCCAUCAUCGAGAUGGAAGGCUGCCAGGUCCGCUACGGCGACAAGAUCGCCCUGGGCAACUGGACCCAGCGGCAGGCCGACGGCACCGCGCGAGGGGGCCUCUUCUGGACCGUCCGGCGCGGCGAGCGCUGGGGCGUCUUCGGCCCCAACGGCUCCGGCAAGACCACCAUCGUCUCCCUGCUGUGCAGCGACCACCCGCAGACCUACUCCCUGCCCAUCCGCCUCUUCGGCCGCUCCCGCCUGCCCGAGCCCGGCUCGGCGGAGCUGCCCCUCACCUUCUGGGACAUCCAGGCCCGCGUCGGCCACUCGAGCCCCGAGGUCCACCAGCACAUGCCCCGCUCCCUGACCGUGCGCCAGGUCCUCGAGAGCGCCUGGGCCGACACCUUCCGCGCGCGGCCGCGGCUCGACGACGCCGCGCGGGGCAAAGUCGACGCCUGCCUCCGCUGGUUCGAGCACGAGCUCAACCCCUCCUCGGCGCUCCAUGCCAGCUCACGCGGCUCUCCUUCGUCUUCUUCUUCCUCCUCGGGCAGAAGUAGUAGUAAUAGCAAUGACGACGACGACGACCUCGCCUGGGCCAGCGACAACCUCUUCGGCGAGCUCUCCUUCUCCGCCCAGCGCGUGCUGCUCUUCGCCCGCGCCGUCGCAAAGGGCUGCGACGUCGUCGUCCUCGACGAGGCCUUCAGCGGCAUGGACGAGGCCGUGCGCGACAAGUGCAUGCUCUUCCUGGCGCACGGCGAGGACAAGGCGUACGCCGCCGGCGGCAGCGCCGUGCUCUCGGCGGAGGGAGAGUCGGACGCAGGAGGCGUCGUGGGGGACGUCGUCGUGCAGAGCGCGGUGUCCAGGCGCGGCGAGGUCAGGGUCAGGGGCCUGUCCGAGGACCAGGCGCUGAUCUGCAUUAGCCACAUCCGCGAGGAGGUUCCCGACUCGGUGCGCGAGUGGAUGUGCCUGCCCGAGGCGAACUCUGGCGAGCCGGCGAGGUUCGGACGUCUGGACGGCCCGCUGAGGACGGACAGGCGGCGGUGGGGUGAGAUCUGGGGCGGCAUCACGGCGUGA